GAGUAAUGAGGGAUGCUGCCGGUGUCCGCUCUCUUCGCGGCGCUGAUGUGACUGUACAGUCGCGCUGGGCGAACCGGUAAUCCAUCUCUCUGAAACCGACGAUCAGGACGCGUCCAUUGACACCGGAGUCCUCCGUCACUGGCGCACUGCUAGGAUUUGGUACUGCUGCGCACUAAAACGAUAAGCUGGCAGUUGUCUGAUGCCGCAGAAAAUCUCGCCAUUGUUCCGAUGAGCAACCCAGCAGCGCUGCUUUGAAGAGAGGCGCUAAUUUCAAUGUAUUUCCGCGGGAUCCUCGUAUCAAUGUUGCCUUGUGCGAUAUGCCUCCUAUGCAGCAUCCAGGGCAUCCUGUCAUUCGUGGCCACUGUCAGAGAGGACAACAGCAUCUUGAUGUUGCUGGAGCCAGCAGACAUGGUGGAUAACGGCACAGUGUACGGCGUGCGGGUGACUGGCGAGCCUGAGAGCCACUUCCUGCUGUUUCAAAACCUCAGCGACUCUGUCCCUCCACCGCUGGUCUUCAACGCUUCCUAUCACGGCCUGUGCUACAUGGUCAGCCUCAUGGUCAGCAAUGGCACUGUGUGGUCCAAGCCAGUGAAGACUGUCAGCCUCCUGACAAAGCCUCUUCCAGUAUAUAGCGUGUUUAUCCAUGACUACAAACCUGCCCCGGAAACGAGCGUCAUCUUUGAGCUCAAGUCUGCAGAGAAUAAUGUUUUUACACGAGUAAAUAUCAGCUACUCUGAGGGACACGAGCAGCGGUCAAUGCUGUACAAAGACUUCUUCAAGGGGAAAACCGUCUUCAAACAUUGGCUUCCUGGAACCUGCUACAGCAACAUCACCUUCCAGCUGGUGUCAGAGGCCACAUCCAACAAGAGCACCCUGGUCCAGCACAGUCUGGUGCUCCACCAGCCCGGCCGGCACAGGACAGCACCCAACCCGCCCCUCAAUGUCUCCUUCCGGAUUAUUCGUCUGAGCCGGAAAGCAGCACCGCGGCUUGCACGUAGCGGGUCAUACUCUCGCCUGGUUGGUGACGUCCCCUUGAUAGAUGGACAGGAUGAGGUGGUGCCUAUGGAGGAAGAAGGGGACCCAUGGAGCUUUGCCACUGGACAGGAAUACUUGAGCCCAACCCACGGCUCCAAUGGCUCGGCAGAUGACUCGUCCACCAGCAGUACAAGGAAUGAGAGCUCCUCGCAAGCCUAUUGGCCACUGGCCACAGCCAGCCCCACCUCCUCUGGCCCCAUAUCGAGCGAGGAGUUUGUAAACGCACCAGUCGUAGAAUCUGAAGAUCAGAGCGAUUCGGGUUCUGGCAUGGACCAACCCCAUCAUCGUGCGCCCUCGUUGCCCACCUCUGGGCCGCCCCACCUUCUGCUGGAGCUGCAGUGGCAGGCACCUCGCCCACCAACCAUGUUUGAUGGCUUUGUAGUCAACAUCUCCAGAAAUGGUAACGACACAGAGGUGUCCCAGGUGGAAGAAAACACGCAGGAGUUUGUCAAGAAGCUGAACGAACCUGGGAGCUACAGGGUGCUUGUGACAACACAGAGCUCAUCCGGAGACUGUGAGCCCAGAGAGAGCCGCAUAGACUCCAGCUUCACCUUCUACCUCAGUUCCAGUGGGGAGUGGUUUGAAGAGCCCAAGGAACGACCCCAGGCUGUGACGGUGAGGAUGCUGAACUCCAAUACAGCAGCCAUCUCCUGGGCUGCACCUUCAACAAACCUUAAUGGAAGCCUGGUGUCUGUACUAUCUCUUACCUGCUCCAAACCAAGGCUUGGUCAGAGGCUGGAGAGUAACUAUUGCAAUGAGGAAAAUACUACCAGUGACAUCAUCACCGACUUAACCCCCGGUGCACAGUACCAGGUUCUGGUCUUCUUCACAAAUGGCCCUCUCGUCGGACCUGCCUCAGACCCCGUCAUCAUCUCAACAUUGCCGCUGGGUGUCCAGAACUUGGCUGUGCAUUCUCUGAGUCCCUGGGAGGCCAUCCUGAGCUGGCAGCGGCCGCACAAUGUGGCCUUCCACAAGUACAUCGUAGAGACCUUCUUCUUCAACCCAGCCACGCUCACCUCGCAGUGGAGCACUUAUUACGAGCUCACUGCCACCUCUUCGCUGGUGGCCUCUGUGAGGGUGACAGACCUACUGCCCGCCUGGUACUACAAAUUCCGCGUCACCAUGGAGACAUGGGGCGAGCCGGCGCGAAGCUGCUGUGACAGAUCCACUGUGAGCUUCAUCACAGCUCCGGAGGCGCCCCACAUAUCCCUGGUGGAAUACUUCAGCAGCGUGCUCCACGUCAGGUGGACCUACGGGGACAUCUUCACUGACCUGUCCCAUUCCCGCAUGCUGCACUGGCAGGUGGCGGCCGAGGGCAUGAGAGGGGCCAGGAGACGAGCGUCUGCCAACGUGCCCCGCACUGCCAUGCAGGCAACGCUGGCUCUGCCCCCUGGGGACAUCUACAACCUGACUGUGACAGCAUGCACGGAACGCAGCAACAAUACAUCCACACCGCACAUCAUCAAACUGGAACCGGCUCGUCCAAAGUCUCUCUACGCUGUCAACACGACACACACGUCGGUGUCUCUGCUCUGGGUCGAGGAAGGAAUCGUGGAUUUCUACCGGGUUUCCUGCAAGCAAGUGGGCCUCAGUAGGAGCACGAAAGGGGAGAGGGAAGCCCAAACUGUCCACUCCCAUGUGGCAACAGUCUCCAACCUCCUACCUGCCACCACCUACAACUGCAGCGUCACCAGCUACAGCUACAGCACUCCCAGCGAGCCUGCUUAUGUGGCCAUCUCCACCCAAGCCAGGGAGCUGAAUCCCAGUGUGGCAGCCAUAUCUGCACUAGCCGUCCUCAGCGUCCUCCUCAUCAGCCUGCUCCUCUUCAUCCUCAUCGUGCUCCGCAAGAAGCACAUACAGAUGUCCAGAGAAUGUGGGGCUGGGACAUUCGUCAACUUUGCCUCCUUUGAGCGAGACGGGAAGCUACCCUACAACUGGCGAAGGACCCUUUUCGCCUUCCUAACUCUCCUGCCAUCCUGCCUUUGGACUGAUUAUCUUUUGGCUUUUUAUAUUAAUCCAUGGAGCAAGACUGCCUUAAAGAAGAGGAAACUGACAUGCCCAGUCCAGCUGGACGACUUCGACACCUACAUCAGUGACAUGACCAGAGACUCCGCCUACAAGUUCUCUCUGCAGUUCGAGGAGCUGAAGAGCGUGGGUUUGGACCUGUCCCAUGAAGCUGCUGACCUUGCUGUCAACCGAUCAAAAAACCGAUACACCAACAUCCUGCCAUAUGACUUCAGCCGUGUCAAGCUACUCUCUAUGCAAAACGAGGAAGGAUCGGACUACAUUAAUGCUAAUUAUAUUCCCGGCUACAAGGGCCCCCGGGAGUACAUCGCUACCCAAGGCCCACUGCCCGAGACCCGCGACGACUUCUGGAAGAUGGUGCUGCAGCAGAAGUGUCGUAUCAUCGUCAUGCUGACGCAGUGCAACGAGCGGCGGAGGGUGAAAUGUGACCACUACUGGCCCUACACCGAUGUGCCGGUCACAUACGGAGAGAUCACUGUGGAGAUGUUGUCGGAGAAGGAGUCUCCGGAGUGGACCGUCAGGAACUUUAGACUGAGCUGCGCAGAUGAGACUCAGGACGUCCUGCACUUGAACUACACGUCCUGGCCAGACCACGGUGUUCCCACCAUCAACGCCAUCGAGAGCAUUUUGCAGUUUGUGCACAUUGCGAGGCAACAGGCAGUAAAAUUGAAGGGUCCCAUCAUCGUACACUGCAGUGCCGGAGUGGGUCGCACAGGAACCUUCAUUGCUCUGGACCGGCUGAUGCAGCACAUGCGGGAGCACGAGUUUGUUGACGUGCUGGGCCUGGUGGCAGAGAUGCGAGCGCAUAGGCUGUGCAUGGUGCAGACGGAGGAACAGUACGUGUUUAUCCAUCAGUGCGUCCAACUGAUGUGGAGGAAGAAGCAGCAGACAGUCACUGGCGACGUCGUCUACGAGAAUGUCAUCAAGUCGUAAUCGUGGAGUCCUGCAGUGUUGAAGUGAUUCAUCUGCCCUCCCCUGCUUCAGGCUUUCGUUCUCUGCCCAGAGAUUUGUUUAAUCAUCGAUGCCAAAAAUGAACACAGAAAAGAGAAAUAGCGCUUUCGUUUAAAACUGGAGGACGCCUGGGAAGGAAUCUUGCCUUAAAGGAGCAUUUAUUUACUGAAAACUUUUGGUUUUUGGGAUAUUUUUCAAAGUCGCCUUAGUCAGAAUAUAUUUAAGAAAACUUCUGGCCUAUCCAGCAAAAUGAACUGUCCCCCACAAAGAUAUUUCACUCUUGUUGAACAAGAAGCAUCAGAACUGGAACACCUUUGACACCAAUCAAGAGAGUCCCUCUAGUGGCACAUGAGUGGAACUGAAGGUCAGUCAGCAGCAUCCUCUAAAUAUUCAUUUUAAUUUGCCAAAAAAAAAAUUUAAAUCCCAUGUUUCGGAAAUGGCAUCACAUCACCACAGUGCAGUGUUACAGCAAGUUCCAUAGGAAGCAUCACAUAUAAUGGCAUCUGGUUCACAGUUGGCUGGUUAUGUGUGUAAACAUUUAUUUAGCCUUUUCAGCACCUGAAACCUAUCUGUGCAAGAUUUUAGUGGAAACCAAACCGCAAUAUUCAGUCACACUGCCAGUGGUUUAAGGUUCUAUGAAGGUAAGAAAGGCCACCAGAGGGUGCCAGUGAGAGCCCCCUGCAUUGCUCUGUUAUGGUGGCCGGAAAGGAGAGGGCCUGGUUCCCAGGAGUCUGUGGCUAAGGGAGGGAGGCUGUAAAGAGAUAUUUUCCUGUGUGACACAAGAGCUGUGUGAACUGAAAGCCCCCCCCGAGCAAACCCAGGAAACCACUGUCCCUCUACUGUCCCAUAGCCUGCAGGACACCCGCCUCCCUGGUCAUGUGAGUAACAGCCCCCAGGGGGGAGUGUGGCGGAAUGGGAGGCUUUCAGGAUGCUUCCCGUCAUGUGAGGUUACGUAUCUCCAGUUGGAUAACAGCUCAUCUUCAAACUUGUGCAGUCAGGACACUGUAAUCACUUGCAUAUGGGCAUAAUCUAAGCUUUUCCCAAAAAUUUUGCAGCAGUAACAUAGCAUUUUAUUAUAGAAAAAUGACUUGGUUUGCAGAGAGAUCUUCAGCGUAACAUAUUGGCUUAGAGUUUUAUUACAAAUUUCCGGUUACAUCAUCCCUAGCUCACUCCUUGCUCCCAGGUUUCCGGCCCUGUUGUCAAAGCAGGGUCUCAUACACACGCUUCCUUCACACUGAUUAUUUUUACCUGGGACACGUUGUCUUGCUUCCCUUCAAGAUGGCUCUUCCUGUAAAGAAGCUGCAUCUUCAUUCAGAUCGUCCUAAGCAUCAUCACCCGGGAUACGUAGGUUAUGAUUAUCACGUGAAGCACUUAGCAUCGAUCGCCUCGGAUGAGGACCUGAAAGCGGAGCCUUUGAUACAGAGGAAUGGCCAGUAGACUCUCACUGCAGAGAAAUAAUAUCCCUCAGUCAAUCUUGGACGAGAAGAGAAGCUCGUCGGCCAAAAUGGUACGGGACCAAUGCGAAUCUGGGAGUGUGUGAAAACCACGGCUAAUGUAGAGUAGGCAACAAGUUAAGCCACCGGAGAACCUUCCUGCAUGUUCCAACGGGCUGCAGCUCUUCCUGUGUGGUGUGUGUGGUGUGUGUUCAAUGUGUUGUGGAGUCUGGGGACAGUGCUGAACACCGUUUCUCCCCAAUUUAACCGAGUGAACAGCAAAAGGCAGCUGCUCGUCCAGUUCCUAAGUGUGUGGCCGGUACAGUCUGUCACUGGUGCCAUUGCUGUGUAUCUUUCUGUCAUGUCGCUAGAGGGAGGAUCCUGUAUUACUAGAAUAGCUGGGUGAUAACUGUCAAUGAGUUCAGUGUGUGUGUUGAAUAAAGCCUUUCGAUAUCUGUUCUUA